GCGACGCGGCGCGGUGCUAUGCUGGCGGCGGAGCUGGCGGGACGCGUGCGGCCGCUCGUCACCCGGGCGGGGCCGCGCGUCAUGGUGGCUGGCCUGGGCAACUACGGGCUGCGGGGGACACGGCACAGCGUGGGCAUGGCGGUGCUGGACCGGCUGGCUUGGCAGCUGGCAGUGGCCGAGGGCUGGCGAGCAGACAGGCGGUGCUGCGCUGACGUGGCCAUGGCCACAGCCCAUGGCCUGGAGCUGGUGCUGCUCAAGCCGCGAAGGUUCAUGAACCUCAACGGGCUGAGCGUCGCCAGUGCUGCUGAGAUUUACAACCUCCGCCCAGAAGACAUUUACCUGGUUCAUGAUGACCUGGACAAGGCUCUGGGCAAGGUGGCGAUCAAGCUGGGAGGCAGCGCAAGGGGACACAACGGGGUCCGAUCCUGCAUCAGUGCUUUGCACUCCAACGAGAUGACCCGGCUCAGGGUUGGCAUCGGGCGGCCGGAGAGCGAAGCGACAGUGUCCAGCUAUGUCCUGGCUCCGUUCAGCACCCAGGAGCAGGAGAGGCUGGAGCAGGUCCUGGCCCAGGCAGCGACAUUCCUGCUGGAGCACAUCCUGCAGAGGAGAGCACCGGAGGGGGAGCCGGGGGACAGGGGCUGAUGUGAACGCCCGAGGACCUGCGUGGCUGAUGGACAGGGCGCUGCGGACUCUCCGGGGUGACCGUGGUGCGGAGCAGAGCUGGCCCUGCCGCACAGCCUGGCCAGGCGCUGGGGCAGCCCCCGUCUGUCCCCGCACAGAUCCAGGCAGCUCAUGUCCCUGCAGUGGCCUCAUAACGGCACUUUGGCACAGAAAUGAAAUAAACCCUCGCUCCCAGCUCUGCCCUGCUCCUGCCCCUCUCUCAUGCGCCGCCUCCGAACUCGGGCAAGCCCUGGCUCUCUGUGGCUUGUAUCCGUGUUCCCAGCCCUGUUCCACCAACCCAGGCUGGAGGGAAGCUUCCAGUGGGAAAUGGGGAGCAAUGGGAGCGACUUCUGCAGGGCCCAAAACCCAACUUGGGCUUUGUUGAGAAACUGUGGCAAGCACCAGUCGCCUGCAGUCUGGCAGCUCAGCAGCAUGCGAGGGCUGCUCCCACUGAGCUGCAGCAAGUUUCAGGACUGGCCUCAUAGUUUUUGAGUUAGCUGGUUUUAAGCCAAAACCCUGGAGUUUCCAACAGCUGGAGGAGUUCUGGCUCCUCCCCGCAGACCCAGUACAGGUCUCAUGGUGGAGAGGGCAGCUCGAGAAGGGGGGUCUUACCACCACCACCACCACCACCACCACAGCAGCUUCCCAAAGCCCUGGGCUCUGCCAGCACAUCCUAUCGGCUGCAUACCCUGUGAGCGCGGCUGCUCCGAGAGCCCCAGCGCAGGCAGCUCCUCACCCGUGUCCCAGCGGGCGCUGGAACAAGCACCAGACCCUUGCUGGGUCG